AUAUGUUCACUUUUGUGCCAAUUCAAGUAUAUGUUUUGCUACGACACGAAAAUUCAAACUUUGAUGGAUAAGGUGAAAGCCCUUGAAACAAAGGAAUCUGAGGUGCAAGAAUUGGUUCGUGAAGCAAAAAAUAAUGUGGAAGCUAUUAAACCUAUUGUUGUAGAUUGGCUGCAAAAUGUUGAUGAAAUAAAGAAAAAGGCGGACAAAGUUUUUAAUGGUGCAACAAAUUCUGAAAUGCAGUGCCUAUUCCUUCGAUGUCCAAAAUUUGAAGACCCGUUACUUGAUUGGCAAGAAAUCCACAAAGAAGACGGUUGAGGUUGCUAAGCUGCAAGAUGAAGGUACAUUGUUUCAAAAGGUGGGCGAACCUAAACCACCAGUGGAAAUACCUUACCAAAACCCCGGUGACUUGGGAGUUUUCGAAACAAGGAUUUCAACUAAAAAGAAAAUCAUGGAUGCUUUAAGGGACAAAAAUGUCAGCAUAAUUGGGAUUUGUGGCAUGGGUGGAGUAGGUAAGACGACAAUGACAAAACAAAUAGCUAACGAAGCCAAGGUUGACAAAUUAUUUGAUGAGUUUGCAUGGGCAGAUAUAUCUCAAGUUCCAAAUGUAAUUAAAAUUCAGGAUCAACUUGCUGAAAAUCUCGGUUUGAAAAUAAAAGAUAUUACUGAUAAAUAUGUGAGAGCCGAACGAUUUCGUGAAAGACUUGGAAGUGACAGAAGUAAGAGCAUUCUUGUAAUAUUGGAUGAUGUUUGGGAAGAUAUUGUGUUGGAAACUAUAGGAUUUCCUUCAGCAGGGGAUGAUAAAAGGUUGAAAAUUCUAUUAACAUCACGCGAUAAAGAUGUGUGCAAAAGAAUGAAAGCUCAAAGGAUAUUCGACGUCAACAUUUUAAAUGAAAAAGAAUCGUGGGAACUUUUCAAGGAAAAGGCAGAAAUUUCUGAUGACGUAACAAACGAUAUAAAGGGUACAGCAGAAGAAGUUACAAAGGAAUGUGGAGGCUUACCUCUCACCCUUGUGACUGUCGGCAAAGCCCUCAAUAAAAAAUCAGAACAUGUAUGGAAGAAUGCACUUGAAGAACUACGAAAUUCUAGAGUGGCCUAUAUCAGAGGAGUGCAAAAGUUGGUAUACUCAAGGAUAGAGUUAAGCUAUAACUAUCUAGAGAGUGAUGAAGCCAAGUCCUUGCUUUUGCUCUGCUCUUUGUUUCCAAAAGAUCAUGAAAUUUCAACUGAUGAUAUGGUUAGAUAUGCAUGGGGACUAGAAUUGUUUAAAGAUACGACGACAUUAAUUACAACUAGAUAUAAGGUAAACUCGAUUAUUGAUAAUCUGAAAAGUUGCUAUUUACUCCUCUCAGCUGAUAAUGGGUGUGUAAGAUUGCAUGAUGUUAUAAGGGAUGUAUGCUUACAAAUUGCAUCAAAAGACAAGCAUGCAUACAUUGGUUUAAAGGAAAGGAAUGGCCAAAACAUGAUAACAAUGAAUCGUACAAUGCAAUUAGUUUGACUUCAAAUGAGCUGAACCAGCUUCCCAGUGGGUUAGAAUAUCCAAGCCUAAAGUUUCUACUAGUGAUAUGCAAUCAACAAUCAUUGAACAUAUCCAAAGAAUUUUUUGUCGAUAUGAAGGAACUUAGAGUUCUUGAUAUCACUUCUGUGAGGAUUCAAAUUCCAUCAUCAAUCCAAUUGUUGACCAAUCUUCUAACUUUGU